GUCUUCAAAAUCUAGUAGGUGGGUUCGUUACGUCUCACUCGACGCAGGCCAUUUACUUGCCCCACAUCCUCUACUCUUGGAUUUCUUUGGGUUAACUCCAGAAUUUGAAGAUGGCGACUCACUGCAGGUCCUCCUCAACAGCUCUUUCCUUGCUCAGAGCAGUUGGAUUGGUGGUGACGCUGCUCUCACUUGUGGCCAGCAGCAGCGCUCAGUUCGCAAUCCCCGAGCGCUACGAUGGAUUUGUGUACAACGUCUCCACCGAGCAAGGGCGGGGUCCUGUUAUGUGGGAGGUUUUCGUCGACCCCUUGUGCAUCGAUUGCAAGAACGCGUGGCCUGUUGUGAAGCAGGUGGUGGAGAAAUAUGGCUCUGCUCUUCUCCUCAUCGUCCAUCCCUUUCCAGCUCCGUUUCAUCAUAAUGCGUUCUUCGCCUCUAGGGGACUCCAUGUCGCACAGAUGACGAAUUCGUCUCUUGUGUAUCCUCUAUUGGAGCUCAUCUUUAGCAAUCAGGAGUCCUUCUUGAACCCUAGCACUAACCACGAAACGCCAGCACACGUCGUCAGCCGGCUCAUUUCUCUGGCAGACAACCUCGGCUUCCCUACAAACUCCUUCGAAGUCGCCUUCAACGAUGCAGUCACCGAUCAAGCCACCCGGAUCUCUUUCAAGUAUGGAUGCUCCAGAGGCGUGGUCGGCACACCUACUUAUCUCGUCAAUGGCGUUGCAGUCGCCGGAGCUGACGAUUCCUGGAGCGUGGAAGAUUGGGGCAAACUCUUCGACCCCAUGAUGAAAUCCCCCGGGUUUGGGAUGCUCUAUUCUUCUCUGGCUCCCGGGAGCUAGAUUCUGUAUCUUGGAGUGUGUCUCUUAAGGAUUCCAAUAGUGCACAGUUAGCCUAAUGGUUACAAGCUAAUCCCUCACCUUAAUCUGUAAAUAUUGAAUCCACAUGAGCAAUAGAAAAUAUAAGAGUAGUUGCCUGGUGGUUGUUUGGUUGGUUGGUGAUUUUUCAUUCUUUUUUGAGAGUGGGGUUAUUUUCUGAUCACGUAUAGUGGGGCUCGUCAUGAUACCUAGACACAAUAUGUUUUAACAGUUUGGCUCCCAAAUAUAUGAAUAUGGUAGCCAAACUGAUUCUGUUUAAUUCUGACCUCGGACACAGUAACCGAUUGGCGAGUUUCAUGGAGACCAGUAAGUCCUGUGAGAUUCUAGUGUGUUUCUA